AUGCCUUCGAUCCCGACUAUUCUUAACCCUGACCCCGCGGGCCUGCAGCGGCACGGCACGUAUGGUGCGGCUUCACCAACUUUGGUGAAUAAGGAAUUUUUCAGUUCUGUUCCUUUCAGCUUGACAGAAAACGGUAAUGCCGUGCCACACCCCUCCGUGAGCACCCCUACCCUGGCCCGUUUUGCCGCGGAAGUUGCUCCGUUGCUGGCAGUCCUCGUUUUUAUCUUUUUACUCGUUAGAUGCGUCUACCACAUUCCAACCACAAACGCAUAUAGAACAACGAAAGGGCGCCGUAUGUCAGAUCAUCCAUGGGAAAAUCCCUGCCAGCCGGAGCGGCAACCUGGGCAGGAGCACGGUCAAGACGUUCCUGGGGCUCCUGCUGGAGCAGUCGCUGCUCCACCAGCUGGUGCUGCAAGCAUCUCUUCUGGAGAAGGACCAGCAGCCCCACCAAGACCAAAACAGAACUUCCCCGCAGGUUAUUCUCCCCCCUUUCACUUGGAUCUAAUGACCCUUUACACCCGAUCUUCAGGGUUGAAUGCGUGGAUUAUUUCUGCAGAGCUUGCAGAACAUAAUAUUUCUAAAGGCGAAGCAGUUAGUACAAGUGAUUUUGAGGAAUUGCUGCGUGAAGCUGUCGACCUCUUAAAAGACCUUAAAUUAAUUGUUUUCUCCAAAGAAGUUAGCGAUCAGGAGCGACAAAGCUUCAUCAAUACCUUAACACAAAGUACUCAGCUGGCAAAACGUCUGGCCGAACGAAUGAAAGAUCAUUGGGCUAAAUCAUGUAACUCGCAAGUACACCUACUCAAGUCCAGUUUUGCCCGUGCCCAUGACCACAUGCAGCGCAUGUUAGGUGGGCACGUUCUCCAACCAAGUGAUCCUGCAAUUCUGGCUUUAGUGGAAUUGAGAAAGGCACUAAAUGACGCAAAGAAAGUUUACGAUGGAAUUGAUAAUAUUCUCAGUGCUACUCGUGGACUGUCUACCCUUGGAUCAUCCCUGGGAACUCUUUCCAAAGAAAUCAAAGAAGCAGAAGCAUCCCUGCAGCAGGCCGUUGAUGCCUGCGCAGGGUCCUGGACAAGACACCUCACUGAUCUAAACCAGCAGAUGCAGGUCGGGGGAAGUGACGAACGGGCCAGGCAAAGAUUGCUUGAUGGAAUGCAAACAGCUAAGAAGGUCCAAGAAAAGCUCCACAUAAUUUCCGGGAGAGCUCUUUCAAUGUGA